GUUCCGAUGAAUUUUUAUGUAGUAUAGAGUAUGAUAAUGAAUGCUGCGUUCCGUAAUUCGCGGAUGGACUCAUUUGGGUCUUCUUCGAAAAUCCGUUCCACAUCUAGAAUAGCGUCCUUGGUGCGCACUAUACGGUGUCUCUAAGGAUGCGAUUAUCCACUGGAGUAAACGUAAACUAGCGGUUGAUAAUUACAAAUUUUUAACCAAAUUUGUGUAAGUAAGUAAGACCGUUCAAGUCUUAAAGUUUGCAAAAAUAUUUCUUUAGGAAAGAGCUAAACUUUGACUAAUUAUUUUUCUCGAGCAAUCGUCCACCUAUUACUCUUUGCGUUCAAGUGCGCGAAUUAAAGGUCGUACGCAUUACCUCACAUAUUUCUAAGUAUUAGGGCUCUGUAAAGGAACCUAUGGUUUGGAGGAGAUACAAGAAAGAUUUCAAAGCUAUCGUUUACUAUAGAUGAACUAAAUACUAUAUUUUGUGGGGAAAUUUGUUUAACACUUUUUUCCCGCAAGUUCCGAAAACGUUGAUCUAAUUUCGGCAAUUCAACAUCUGUCAAACUCAAUUUGCCGUCAGAUGAGGUAAGUAAGGGAAAUAUGGUCAGUUUGAGACUUAUUUAAUCAGUAAGGGAACUUCUUCGCUUAAAGCUGACGAUAUUUUUACUACAAGCUGCGAACACUUUUGGGUAACCCUAAAACAAAUGAGAUGGAACUGGGCGAUCGCACUAAAUUGGCCAAUAGCACAUCAAUCUAACGCCAAACGUCUGUUUAAUUGUUUAUAAAUUGCAAACAGACAGAAGAAGCCUACAAUAACAACACUACUACAACAAAUCGCUGUGUUAUCUGAAGUAUAUUCAAGGGUCGUUGCUCACAGUAUUCGUUAUGUAACGGAAUCGUUAAGAAUAGGAGUGCCGCUGUAUACGACUUGUAGCAGACUAAGACUCAAGUAUGAUAAAAACGCUCAAUGUUUCCGUUUUUGAAAAUGCUUCAAUUUUGUUACACAAUGUAACGGCGUUAGUGACCAGCACCCACUGGCGUGUUAGCAGCAUUUCUAUACCGUUUAGAUCAGUUAGAUCGUGCAACGCACACGAGACAGUUCGAAUGAAUUCGAAAGCGCUACAAAAUAUUACCUAUCUAGAUAACACAGUACAGUGGAAAUAAAUGUUAAAUGUUUUUACAAACUCACUUACGGACAUAAAAUUACAUGCCAAAACGAGUAAUACAUACAUAUCUAUGUGAUUAUUGCAAUUAGCACUUUGAUAACUAAAUCGGUAAAAAGUCGCCUUGAAUGGUGAAUUAUUUCGAGCAGUUGAAUUCAAAAUUAAAUUGGUGCAUCAUUUACAUUUGAGUAAAAACUUAUACGAAAUUAUGGAGCACAUUUUUAACGAAUAUUAAAAGGAUUUACCUAGGCCAACAAUACCAAAUAAUAAGCAAUUAUAAAUUUUGGAGUUGAAUAUGUUUCAAAAGCACGCGAAGCAUUCGGCCGCAAUUUGGUAGUGCUCACCGAAACGAAUAGCAUGAAUUCAUGCUUCAGCGGAACGGUUUCAAUCAGCGUUCAUCUCAUAAAAAUACCGUUUUUAUUUUUGUUUUGUCACACUCCGUUUUGUGUGAGUAAACCCAAACUGGAGUUGUGAACAACUGGAAGCUGAAGCAUGCUUAUGAUUGUCCGUCGGCCACAUGCGAACUGCAGCUGGUGGAGCAGUGGGUUCCUGGCUAUGUCAAUUCUGCAGUUGAUGUCUUUGGCACGUGCACAUUUCGUACAGAUUGAUAAUAAUGCAUUUCGCAAUAAUUAUUUCCCUCGUCCUCCCAUCGACCCACCAGCACCAGCGCCCCCUUCGUUGACUCAAGCAGGGCAGUUGCCGCGACACUUCGACGGCAGACAACCGUCGCCAGCCGAACUCAUGGCCGAUUUGAGCAAUGAUCUCACCUACCGCAUCCUUCAUUAUCAUUCGAUACUCAACAGAAACAACUUCGCCUUUUCGCCCACUGCACUGAUGAGUGUGUUAAUCGCCCUGUAUGAGGGUUCGGCAGGUCGGAGUACUUUGGAAUUGCACAAGGUGCUGAUGCUCCCAAAUGGUCAGGAUGUAAUUCGUGUAGGCUAUCGAGACAUUCAUCGCAGGUUAAGGACAUACUUUUUUGGAUCCGAGAACCCGCUAAAAGGUCUAAGUCUUAAUAAAGAUAAUGUAACCAUUACUCAUGGGUAUGAGGCUGUUUUGACAUUUUAUGGUUAUGAUUUGGGAAUGGAUAUGGUAUCCUCUACAGUCUCUGCGCCGUCUUCUACAACUUCCUUGCCGAAUAUAACUGAUGAAAUAACAAUGACGACAACAACAAGCCUCCCAAAAACUUACACAACAAUUGUUCCAAACUCCCCCAUGGAGGACAUUACUGAAAAAAUAUCGACAAAGGAAAGCAAUAUAGUCACCACCACAAAACCGAAAACAACAACUUCUCCUCCAAUUAUAACCACAGAAACCGAAACUAUUGCUAAUACAAGAACUGAAGAUAAAUCAACAACAGAAAAAAUUAUCACUACAACAGAAAUGGUAACUCCAGAAGAUAUUACCACAGUGAACCCACCAACAACAACGACAACAACUGAAGAAGUCACUACAGAAACAAAUGAUGACACAACAACAGUAACUACCGCACCAAUAACGGAAAACAACGCUGAUGCGGCCGAAUUCGUAUCUCCAACAUCCAUUGAAUUUAACUCAAGCCCAUUUCAGCGGUUACAGAAGAUGCGACCAAUACAUACACCAAGCUCAAAACUGCAAGCCCCUAUAUCACCAAUUUCAACACCGAAAUAUAAUUACUUGCCACAGUACGCGCGUUCCCGAAGUGGUCGACACAAACGGCAUUCAACCGGUUUCAAAGAGAUCGACACAAAUCUGUUCGUGACGCUCUUUAACCCUCAGCAUCAGCUGCACCAUGAUUUUUACGCAAUAACUCAGCCAAUAAGUGGGUCUGCCACGCUGGGACAAUACACUAGUGAGUUUGAUGUCGAAACUUUGGAUGCACGACUUUUGAAAUUGGCGAACGCCAGAAGCAAUUAUGGCUACAAUACCGAUGUCAUUAGCCACGUAUUCUACUUGGGGAACCAACAACUAGUUCACACUACGUUCAAGGUCUACAACGCAGUGUUGUAUUUUAAAUAUUUUGAAAAUUUAAAAAUGAGCGCUCUUGAACUAGAAUUGGAUACACCGGAUUAUAACUUGAUCAUUUUGCUACCAGAUUCUCCUGUAGAUUUAUUAUCAACAACGGCUUCACUUGGUUUGGCCCCGUCUUUGCGGCUGAUGAGAAAACAACUAAAACCUAGAUGGGUUCAAGCGAUAAUUCCGGACUUUAAAUUACAUGGAAUAAUAUUUCUGACCAAUGACCUUCAAAAUAUGGGUGUGUGUGAUAUAUUUGAGCCAAAUCGUGCGGAUUUUCGACCCAUGACAGACGAGAAAGGAAUUUACGUAAAGCACAUUGAACAAUCGAUUAACGUUAAUAUACGAACACAUCCAAUAAACCAGUUAAAACGUAAUUACGGACCUCAAACGUCGCCUAUUCAGAUAUCUGUAAACCAUCCCUUUCUAUUUUUUGUAAUCGACCGAGAUCUAGAUAUUGCUGUAAUGGCCGGUCGUAUUUUAAAUCCUUUGAAUGUACGAAUACAGUAAUGUCAAACAGUUCACAGUAACAACAGUACGCCGUACUUCUAUAAAAUGUAGCCAAUUUUGGAGAUUAUGCAACAAUAGCGGAUAAAUUGAAUGAUAAGUAUAUUAAUUACUGUAAUAUAACUUAAUUUUCUCUUUAGAUAGAAUAAUUAUAGUAUAUUUAACAGUAUUUAAAAUUAGUUCACUCAAUCUUUAAAUUUAUUUUCGAAAUAUGUCUAAUUAGGUAUGAACACAGGGGGUGGUUAAUAUGAAUAUAUGCGGAAUAUGAUCUAAUUAAAAAAAAAAUCGGGGAUUAAGAUAGCGAAAAAUUCAAUAUGGAAAUAUACCAAGUUCAAAUACUCAAAGCCAAUUUAAGUACAUAUAAUUUUAGGAUUAGGUGAAAUUAAUGUGAUUAAUCCUGUUUAGGGCUAAGUUAUGUAAUAUUUGUAGUUUGAGAUUUUGAAUUUGUUUGUCUUUUCUGUAAAAUAUGUGAUCACGUUUUUGUUGUAUCCGCAACAUUUUCAAUCUUUCUCUUUCCACAGCAAUUCGAUACAAAUGCAAUUGCCGAAUCCGUUGAGAACGAGUCCGUGGUGAAUGACCGUUAAUACGAAGGCGUAUAUGUCGCAACCUUUUCGAUUUACAGUUGCAUUUAUGACUUGUUUGCAUAUUUUGCGUUUGAUUUUUCGAUUCAGCAACCUCAGUUUCAACAAUAGGUGUUGAAUUUACGUUAAAAAAUUGUGGCCCUUCAUACAUUCGUUUAAUUACUCCGUGAUUAAUUGGCAUUGAUGCCGAAAUCGGUUCACGUAAACCAAAAUAUUCACUCCGAUUUUUAUUUAUUUGCUUACCGGAAGACGAGGUUUCAAAAUCGUCUAAUGAAAUUGCCUUUUCAAUCUUUAUUGCGACCUCUUGUAUUGGUGGUGGCAUAACGUAAAAAUUAUGCCCAUUUAUUGUUGCGUCUUGAGCUGUAAAUGAAAUACCAUAAAUGUUUUUUUUGUUAAUAAGUUAUUAAAUCCGACUCCAUCAUUACCCAUUGGUUCUGAUGAGCAACCAGGUAAUGUCAUAUGUUUAAUCUCUUGUGCAAAACCCUUUGCUAAUGCAUCUUUCACUUUUUUAGCCUCAGCUGCACGUAUACGUCCCAAUUGUUGUUUUAACCUAUCUUUCGAUCGUUGAUAGCCAGCCGCCCGCAUAUUAGUUGCUAUAUCAUCCCAUGCCUCCGAUUUCUUCUUUAUUGUCAUUGUAUCACUUCCUUUAUUUUCUAAAAUAACUUGGUGAAUACGCGUUAAAGAUAGUAGCAUUUGUUUUUCCGCUUCGGUCCAAUUUGGUUGUCGUUCCCUUUUUUCUUUCAUUUUGAUGUUAGAAGCUACUACUACAAUAAGAAUAUAUAGUUAACAAUAUUCUUUCACUUGCAAACAAUUAUAGUUUAUAUUUACCACAUAAAUCCAUAACUCUAUUUAGAGUACCUUCCAAAACUUUCAUAGAAAUAUCUAGUGUUAAUGCCAGUAAUUAAUUUUUAAAUGCGUACCGGUAUUUUGAUGUAACCUUUUCAAAAAUUUAAGUUCUUUAUUAUGUUCCCCACAGAAAAAAUAAAAUAAGAGUGCUGCCAGAGUUUCAAAGUACUAUUCUACUAAGAUAACGGAACGAAAGUUAAAAUGUUGCUAACACAAUGUUGAUGCAACAUAAUAAUUUCUACUAUAAAUUAUUCCAUGUACAUCUACAUUAGCUCAUUCAUGUUUAAUUAAAAUAUGCACGAAAUACUUCUUUUUGAUUUUAUUUAUUUCUCGUUUGAAUAUUCUAAGGUAUAUAAAAAGUUAGCUACAAUUGAUUAUCCGAAACAUAAAACUUCCGACGUGCUACUAUUGCCACCUACAUGUAUGUACAUACAUUGCAAAAUACAUUAAUUAUUAUGUACAAUAUAUCUCAUUUGUCAGAAAAGUACAAUUGAUGAACAGAUACACUUUCUUUUAAUAAAUUAUGGAAUUUAUUUUAGAAAUUUCGCUCUACAACAUUUCUUAAACCAAUAAACUAAGAAGAGGCAACGAGGACUCAUUUACAAAAGUUUGUAAAAACCGAAAAAUGGUGUAGAUAGAAAUUUAAUAUUUCAUUUACCACGCGUUAUUCGCGUAUAGUUUUUAAAAACAUCACAAAUUUUUACAAGAGUUAUAUUGUUUGUACAUUGUCUGAUAUUAGGUCGGCUUGUGUUUUGAAUAUAUUACUUGUAAUUAUGUAUGAACAUAUGUAUAUGUAGUUAAUAUAAAUACACACCAAAUACGGUACAAACACAAAAUAAGCUGGCAUUCGUAAAUACAUCGGAUGUAUGGGAAUCAGCUUCGGCAUCCCAACAGCAUUUUGCUAUAUACCGGCAACCAGCACCUAGCUGUUGACCCAAUGUUACUUGUACAACAUGCUUAAAGCGGGGCAUUUGAACAAUAUCUUUUACGGCGGAACUGACUUCAUCAGAAAUCUCUCGUGUCCACUUACGAGCGUCAUCUGGAUUAUAUACUUUCCCUAAAAAAUAAAAUAUACUUUUCUUUAUAAAAGUCUAAGAAAAUCAAAAUAAACAAAGCAUGUAUGUAGUAUUACCCUGCAGUUUAUCAUAUAUUGUGGACUGGAUAAUACUUUUGAUAUGAGAUGCUGGGAAAAGUUCUCUUAAGGAGGGUUUCAUCCGAUAUGACGUUACAGGCAAAUUUGGUCCUACUUCUUCGGUUGCAUCCUCAACUAUUAGCAAGUCAGCUGCAUCACCAACAUCUGUAACGCGCCUAUCAUCGUAAUCGCCUUCCGCAUCCAUUUUAUAUAUUAUAUUAAUACUAAUUUUUUAACAAAUAAAUAAACUUUAAAAUGUAUUUUUUAGUCCCAAAUGUGUAUACUGAAGUAAGUUGCCUAGCAAUAUUUUAAUAAAAAUCAAAAAUCAACGAUGCACAAGUAAAUCAAAAAUAAAUACAA